CUCAAUUCGAAAUCAAAUCUUGAAGCUAGAACAUUGUUGUCGCGACUGCAGACGUGGGCUUUAUUUUUGUGCCGUUCGUUGCGACCCCGCUGUUUAACAUUCCUCGUAGCUGGGCUGUCACUGUGUCAAGUUCCCGUUCCCCACACCGACCGGGGACCCUUCGUCUUUACAUCAUCCGGCGUCUCCCCUCCACCACGCACCCGACAUCCACCAUGCGCUGCUCGACGACGCUCCUCCUUGCCCUGCCGGCGCUCUCUGCCGCCCAGGAGCAGAUGCCGCUGCUGGAAAAGGUCAAGGGCUUCUUCAACAAGGCGACGGCUGCCGUGUCCUCUGCCAUUCCCGCCGCGCCGUCGGCCCCCGUCGAAGCGGCGGCGGCCAAGGCUGCAGAGGCGAUCCAGCACCCGCUGACGCUGGAGACGUGGAAGGAGACGCUGACGGUCGACCCCACGGUGAGCACGCCGACGACGCAGAACUGGCUCAUCUACAUCACCGGCGGCAACUCGACGUGCUACGGCUUCUGCGGCGACGCCGACAAGGCCUGGAACGCAUCGCUGCCCGUCCUGGCCGCCGCGCCCAAUGCGCCCAAGUUCGCCCUCCUCGACUGCGAGACGGAGAACAUCCUGUGCAACUCGUGGUCCGUCGGCGCCCCGUCGCUCUACUACUUCCAGAUCCCCAAGCCCCUGGCCGACCAGUCCGCGCCCGUCCCCACGGUCCGCCACAUGUCUCUGAACCGCACCUCGACCACGGCCGAGACGUUCAAGACGCUGAUUGUGGACAAUGAGAUUGAGAAGGUUGAGCCGUACGAGGGCGCUUUCCAUCCCUUCAACGGCCUGAUGCAGCAGUACCAGCUGGCUAUUCCGUUUGGCUACGUCAGCUGGGCCCUCGCCAAGAUGCCCUCGUGGCUGCCUAUGAUUGCCGUCUCGUUCCUCAGCAGGUCGUUCAUGGGCAAGCGCAUGAACCCAGGUGCUCCUCAGCAGGGUGCACGACCCGCGGCGCAGUAGAUGCACUUCUGGUUUUUUCCGGGCUUCGGCCAGUUACAGACACGGAAUCAAGUUCUUAUCGAGCUUGGAUCAAUGGCGGACGAUGCACGUUGGAUGGUAGAUUGGUUGUUUUCCAUCAUGGCUUACGGCAUGUCUCUACGACGGUGGGG